UUCUAUUUACUCCUCUUUAUUCCUCUUUCUGCUAUUCACGCUAUACAUUGUCGUACUCUCCUCUUGACCCAUUCCCUCUUAUUCGUUGUCUCCUCUCUCACUGUUCCUCUUGAUCCAUUCCCUCUUACUCGCUCCCCUCCUCCCUUUCUGUACCGUAUCUCUCGUUCCGUUCCCUCGCAUAUGUUUUCCUACUCUCUUGUAAUUCUCGUUCCGUUCCCUGUUUGUGACUUUACUCUCUGUUCAUCUCCUUCCGUUAUUCUGUUUAUUUACUCUUCCUCUCAUUCCGUUCCCCGUUAGUCUACUUAUUUACUCUUUCGUUCUUAUUUACUCUUUCGUUCCUUGUUAUUCGUUGUCCUAAUAUCUGUGGAGGUGAGUAAAGAAGUGUUUUGUCUGAGUGAAGGUUUUCGAAGGCGGCCACAAGAAUUAGGAGGAAAGGAAAAGCUGCAAGGAAAGGAGGAAAAAUAGAAAGAGGUUAGGAAAGAAGAGAGAGAGGACAGAAGGAAAGAAAGGCAGGGGAGAGGAAUUAAUUAAGAAGAGUGAGGGAGAAAGGAAGGAACGAUGGGAGAAGGAAUGGAAAAGAUAGGAUCGUUCGUUGUCUUGUUCUGCAGUGUCGCGCCUGUGUCAGAAUUUACGGCAACAAAGGAAACUAAAACAUUAUCUCUAUAUUAUCACUGUAAGAAGAGACACCUAGACCUAUGUAAAGAAGAAUCUACAAUACGAUAUGCCUAUGCGGAAAAUAAGAAAUACCAAAUUUUAGUCCAGACGUGUCUUGGUGCGCUCCAUUUGAUAAUUUAUGUGUAUAGGAAAGAGGAAAGUCACGGGGGGGGUCCCAGAAUUUACUAAUGAAAAGGAUAAAAGAAUGAAGAACACUGGUUGUCUAUUCUUUUUUUAGAUGAACUGCUUGACUUGAGCCUCCCACUCAUAACAUGGAGGCGGGCAAGGCCUUUGUGUUUAUAGUUAGAAUCUGGUAGGGGUAAAAUUUGUUAGUCGUGAAAGCAACUGCAAUGCAACAAUUCAUCAGCUCUGCGGCCUGCACCAGCACCACGGUUGAACGUCCUAGAGCCAAGUGAAGGCCAGCGUCCCGCCUGCCCCGUGACGUCAUGGUGCUGUUCAGAGUAUAUACUCUGGUGCUGUUGACCUGAUAGUCUGGUGCGUCUAAUCACCCGUUCGAUUCCCCUCGACUAUUUAUUUCUCUUUGUCUUCCUCAUCUUUCCUAAAUUCUCAGCUCUCGUUGCUCUUGCCUCUAGUUUCAUAACUGUUGCCAAGACAGUGUGUGAGCUGGCUGUUGCUGGCGGUGCUGUUGUCUGUAGGAGGACGGGGAUAAGCGCGGCCCGGUGCUGGAGAGAGAGAGACAGCGGGCAUUUCAGCAGCUGUGGCAACAUGGUUCAUGUUGAUAACGGUGACCAUCCCGCGGCACGCUGCACCCAUCAACCAGUGCACAGCGCCGUCCCUCGAGCUGAUACACUUACGCCGCGGCAGGUUGCAAGCGUUUCCACCGUGAGUUUUUUGAAGGCUGCCGGACAUCAGCAGGAAUGAUGUGGAAGUGCUCGAUGACGAUAUUCCUGUUGGCCCUGGCGGUGCACGGAGCCCACCCGCGGCAGCCCGCGCCAGCCCCAUACAAGAACAGUUGGCACCGUGAAAAACACGCUUCGGACCUCUUUCUAAACAGGAAGAGUCGCGCAGUUGAUGGGGAGGCGAAUGUGGAGGCCAGCGAGCAGACCCUUCUCGUUCCCAUCAGACAGGUCUCGAGUUCGACUCAGGACUUGCUGGGUGUGUGUGACUGUUUCGUGAGCCACUCAGCGCGACGCACGGGGUGCAGCUACAAGAUCGGGGAAUACGGACCACUCAUCAUCAACGGGACGUGCUUCAAUGGGACGCAACGGAAACGGCGGCGGCGGUGGCAGCCAGUGGCACAUACUCCUAACAACGCGCCCAUCGAGUUCCCGGACCUGCCGUGGUGUGAUGGCACUCUACCUCUCCUGCUGGUGUCGUCGGGGGAGAAGAAAACACUUCAGCUCAGCAAUGUGCCGUCCGUGUGGGUGUGUCCUCUCAGCCUUGGCGCGUCACUCCAGGACCUCAGCAUCACGAACGUGCCCGAGAUCAGGAUUGCCCCGGGAGCACUCGUCCACAGACUCACAGAUUUCACCCUCAACGUGACGGGCGUAUCUGAGACGCUUUAUGUCCCUCCGAAAGCGUUCUCAGUGGACACGGUGAUUAGGAGCGGCGACCAGGUACCACUACUUGAGAGCACUGUGGAAGAUUCGUUUUUGCCACAAGUUAAGAUCCUGAUAGAGAAUGCCAGUAAUGUGAAGUUUGAGAGCAGCAGUGUAUCAGCUCCGCGAGUGUGGGUGGAAGUAAGAGAGACGGAGAUGCUGAUGAUGGAGGAGAAUGCCGUGAAGGCCCUCUCCUACCCGCUUGACUCGGCCCUCAUAGUCUCCUUCACACAGAUUUUUUACAUGGAAACCCACGCCGCCACCGUCAAGAUAUUGCGGGUGACCGACACUUCCAAACUGCUGCUGAAGGAGGAGUCUGUUCAGGUGACGACGCCCGGGGGUGAAGUCGUUCUGAACCAGGUAGGGGAAGUGAUGCUGCCUGAGCGGGGUAUCAUUGUAGGCGGCGGGGCGAGUCUUGAACUCACCAACGUCUCCCUCAGUACCCUCGGCCACCGAGCAGUCCACUCCUCGAGUCCACUUAGCUUAUCCUCUCUGAUGAGCGUGGAGGUGACUGGCCCAGCCUCUGCCCCCAUCUGUCUCUCCACCCAACACCUCAUACUGAAGGACAUGACGGCGGCGAUGGGCGAACACAGCACUGCUGCCGCCUGCUUCAGGUUCAGCCACUCGCUGGAAGUGGACAAGAGGGAGCCCGUGCCGGGCGUUGUGCUGUCUAAGACGACCAGCUCCAGGAUAUUCGCUGACCCUCAACUGUUUUCUGACCCGAGGUGUGCACCGUGCAACCCUCAACCCACAGUCAUAAUCGAGUCCACGCCGCCACCCAUCAUCCUGCGGACUACCACGACAGUGACCCCUGAAACCCCCCAUCCCGGCCCCACGCCUCCUGGCCCCACGCCCCUUGACCCCACGCCCGUUGGCCCCACGCACCGAGCCUACAUGCGCCCUGUCACCACAUACGGGCCAGAAGUGACCAGCGCGACGGAGCAGACCCGGGAAGUGGCGGGUGACUGGUGGGAGGAGCCGAAGUACUUGGCCCCGGCGGCCGCCUUCGUUCUGCUGGUUAUCUUGCUGCUGCUCUUCUUUUGCCUCUACCGCCUCCACAAGCGCUCUAAGAGAGCCAAGUAUGAGCUUCCCCAGACAUUCAGGAGCCGCACCUUCCCAAGGACAAUCGUAACCCCGGACACUCUGGACGCCGCGCCCCCCGGCCCGCCCCUGCACGCCGCCCCCGCCAGCCACGCCCCCGCCGAGCUGUUUGUCAGUUAUCAUGUGUCGCAUGGCGGGCCCUCCCUGCACCAGGCCGCUGUGGCUCAGCACCAACUUUGGCAGAAUGGCAGGACCCCAGAAGACUCCAACACCGCCUACCGGAGGGACAACCAUCACUCAAGUUCUUGCCACAAUGGGAGUCUCAUGGCAGCUGAAGACGAUUGCUCCAUAAGCUCUACUGAAAUUAUCAUUUAGCCGUGCGUCGUCAUCACCAGUACAAGACACUGCUACCAUUAUUAAUUAUGAAUGUGAAAUGAUUGAAUAUCCUAAGUCUAUGCCGGAAUAAAUGACCGAAGCUACCCAUUGUAAAGCUG